AUGGAGGCGUCGUUUCUCUUCAAGCUGUUAUUGGGCACAAACUGGAUCCUCUUUCUUUGGAACUACUACCUUCAGUAUCGACAGUACAGCGUCCAUCAAAAGAAUGAAAAGAGACCACAACGAGUGGAGAGGCUGAUUACUGAAGAAGAGUAUGACAAGGCUCGAAAUUACAAGUUAGACAAGCAUAUUUUCUCGUUUGCGCAUGAUCUGUUCGGCCAAGUAUGGACAACGGUAGUUCUCAUCACCGGAUUUCUGCCGUGGUUAUGGUAUGCGUGCUCUUCUUAUCCACUUCAUUCUGUUGUGUUCCUAGCUGUUAACUCACUUGUGGACACUCUAGUGGAUCUACCAUGGGAUCUAUACGACACAUUUGUUAUCGAGGAAAAGCAUGGGUUCAACAAGCAAACACUGGGUUUCUACUUUCUGGAUAAGGCAAAAAAGACUGUUCUAUCUUUGCUCAUAAUGGCUCCAAUUCUGUUGGCCAUUGAAUGGAUCGUUGAACAUGGAGGUCCCUACUUCUUUGUUUAUGUGUGGAUAUUUGUCUCAGUAGUUCUACUUCUACUUAUGACAAUUUAUCCUGCGUUUAUUGCACCACUAUUUGACAAAUACAUACCGUUGCCUGACGGAGAGCUUAAGGUUGCCAUAGAAAAACUUGCGGCUUCAGUAAAGUUUCCGCUUACAAAACUCUAUGUGGUGUACGGUUCGAAGCGCUCUGCACACAGCAACGCUUACAUGUAUGGUUUCUGGAACAACAAGCGCAUUGUUCUUUAUGAUACGCUACUAAGUGGAGAGGAGAAAGAGAAGGUCAUCAAAGAAUGCGCUGAGGCUGCUGAGGAAAUGAACGACAAGGAUAAGGCUCGAGGAAUGUCAAACGAUGAAGUUGUGGCGGUGCUUGGACACGAACUAGGCCAUUGGGCAUUAUGGCACACACUGAUUAAUUUAGUUAUUACUGAAUUGAAUAUUUUGCUAAUGCUUUCUGUAUUUGCGCACUUCUAUCGAUGGGGAUUGAUGUACGAGGCAUUUGGAUUCCACACCACUCCUACGCUCGUUGGUCUGACAUUGGUAUUCCAGUACAUUAUGGGUCUUUAUAAUCAGGUAACCGAAGUGCUAAUGUCAAUUCAUUCUCGACGUUGUGAAUUUGCCGCUGAUGAGUACGCUACCAAAUUAGGGUACGGUGAUCGACUCAUUGCAGCGCUUACAAAAUUGGGCAAGGACAACCUCGUCCUGCCUGUCGAUGAUCCUCUAUAUUCUACGUGCAACCAUUCACAUCCACCUAUUCCGGAAAGGAUAGAAGCCAUUAAUAAGACGAUGACUCACCGAGCAGCUGUAUUGGUUGACACAGUGACACUGGCAUGUCAUAGAUUUCUUGAAAAGAUGACUCUCCGAGCACCUAUGUUGGCGGGCGCAGCGACGCACUGGCGUUGGCCUCUGAUAGUUCUCCUGAAGGUCGUACAAUGUAUUCAACGCUUUCUGCCAGCCAUGAUGUGCAUAUUAAUCGAGACUGUGCUAAUUUGA